AAAUAACAAAAAUUAAGAUAUUAAUUCUGUGCAAAGUUCAUGUAAAGUUAUGGCGAAGCUAUUAAUCAUCUUCAUUUUCACAGCUGUCAUAAGUUACCUAGAUGCUGUUGACAUAAUGUGCAAAUAUCAAAUACUAGAGUUCAUCCCUCUAGGCAGCACAUACACUUGCUAUACCACAUCAUUCUACCAAAUAAGUUCCCGCAGUGAAUCAUCAAUUACACAAACAACUGGAUUGCACCUUUUUGGCAAAAAUAAUAUUAAUGUUGAAGGAUUUGAAUGGAAGUAUGGCAACAUUGCUUAUUUUCCAACGAAAUUAACAUCAAUCUUCAAUAACCUUAAAGUUAUAUACAUGGUUACGUACAUAAAAGAGAUUCGUCAGUCAGAUUUGAUGCCAUUCACAAAAUUGGUCCAUCUUAACAUGAAUUAUAAUCAAAUUGAGGUUCUAGAAGCUGGUCUCUUUGACUACAAUCCACACUUAGAGUAUAUAAACUUCAAAUCUAAUAAAAUCAGUCAAAUUGAUUCAAAAAUAUUCGAUAAACUGCCAAAAAUGAGAUUUUUAGAUUUACGGACCAACGAGUGCAUUAACAUGAAAGCUGAGGACAGUCUCACAGAUGUUAAGGAUGUCAUCCAGUCAGUACAAUCAAAAUGUGAUCCAGAUUAUUCAAAUUUGUUGAAAAAGUUCAAGGAACUUAAUGAUAAAGUGCCAAAUUUAAGCGCAGAUGUUCUGAAUGUUAAGCUACAAGAAUUAGAAAGCAGCUUGAUGUCCUUAAAGUUUGCAGAAUCCAAACAAUUCAAAGAAAAUAUCCAGAAACUUAAAAGUAUCCUCGCAAGUAAGAUGCAGUUAUUAAGUUCAGAAGAAGAUUCAGGAACUGUUGAAGCAUGUCCAGCACUAAAAUCAAAGUUCAAAGCUUUCAUGUUCAGCAUGGAAGAUUUGGUGACUCAAUUAGUAAAUACAAGUGGAGUCGAGGGUCGGCACAAGGAAUCAAAUAAGUCAGCAGAAGGAGUGGAUGAACUAGCAGUGAAUUUGAAAGCAGCAGUCAAUAACAUCAACAAAGAAAGUUUAGAGUUCAGAGGAAGCUCUUCAAAUCUUAACAAUGCUGUGGCGAAUCUUAACGAGAGUUAUGCCAAACUUGCAGACAUUGUCAGGCAAAUCGAGGGAAAAUUUGAUAAAAUUAAGACGGCGCUGAAUGUUGCAGGUUUAUGAAGAUGAUAAGGAACAGCUUUAGACAUCAAAUAAUUGUUGAAUCUGCAAAGAGACUUGAAAAUGAGGGAAAAAGUUUAAAUAAAAUAAAGAAAAAUAAUUUUUUUCCAAUCAUUUAUUGAAGGUUUUGGGGAGUU